CAAACCCAGGGUGUUUUCAGCAAUCCGGGUCAAAUUUCAUCUUAUAGUUUCACUUCCUAGUUAACAUGGAAGGUGCGGAACCAAGUAAACAACACUCAGUAUUCCGUUCAGCCUUCGCUGAGUCAGACUCUUUCGUUUUCUGUUGAGAUGACCACGCUUUCCUAAAACACAACACUAUAUCGGGACUGUAAAACCCAAUCUCAAGAGAACGGUCGCUUGCCUCGCGCUGAUUUUUCGCAUCAGACACCGACAACGACGCGACUUCUGACCGCAUGUCUGUGAAGGAAGAGCCCGGGCUGAUGGUCUCGCGCUAAACAGGUAAAAUGGGCUCGUGCACGAGUGAGGGGUCUCACCUGAGGCUGCUGACGUCACACCGCGAGCUGCUGGUGGAGCAGGUGAAGAACACGCAGUGUAUUCUGGAGAACCUCCAGAUGAACGGCUUCAUCUGCACCGAAGACAUCGAGAUCAUUCAGCGCAGCACCACCAAAACUGACCAGGUUCGCAAAAUCCUGGAGCUGGUUCAGAGUAAAGGAGAGGAGUGCUCAGCAUAUUUCGUACACGUUCUUCAUGAAGCAUACGACGCUUACGUCGAUCUGCGGCCUUGGUUUGAAGACAUUCGGUACAAACCAUUAGACACUAUAAGUGUCAUACCAGUGGUUAACACAGACCCCAUUAGCAAGUACUGUGAGAAGCUCAGAUACGAGCUGGGAAGAGACACUCAGUUCAUCACGUCGUACUCGAAGAGCGAGGAGACGCCGCUGGAGGAUCUUUACACGGACACACAGAUGGAGCUCUUCAAUGACAGAGGCGAGAGUUUGGGAUACUUACAGAGUCUGGAUGAGCUUCUUGGAGACCAGGGAGUCUUCAACCUGCAGGCCGAGACCAUCUUCAUCACUGGCGACGCUGGCGUAGGCAAAUCCAUCGUUCUUCAGAAGCUGCAGAACCUGUGGUCCAGAAGGGAGCUAAAGACUCGCGCCAAGUUCUUCUUCAAGUUCAGAUGCAGGAUGUUCAGCGCCUUUAAGGAGACGGACGAGAUCUCGCUGAAGGAUCUGAUCUUUAAACACAACUGCUAUCCAGACGGCGACCCCGAUAACGAAGUCUUCGCCUACAUCUUACGAUUCCCAGAAACUGUGCUUUUCACUUUUGACGGAUAUGAUGAAAUCCAAACGGAUUUUGACUUGGAUAACGUGCCGGAAACGGUUUCCCCGGAAGAAAAGACCCGUCCGCUUUUGCUUCUCAUGAACUUGCUUUGCGGAAAACUGCUCAAGGGUUCCCGGAAGAUUCUGAGUGCACGAAGUGGCACCGAAGUCCAAAGCAGAGUGAUCCGGAAGAAAGUCUAUUUGAAGGGAUUCUCGCCUGAAAACCUGAAGAGAUACACGGCUUUGCAUUUCCCAGAGAAGGAACACAAGACAAUGGUGACCGAUCAGCUGGAUGCCAAUCCUCAUCUCUGCGGUCUUUGCUCCAUCCCAUUGUUCAGCUGGAUCAUCCUCAAGAGCUUCAAGCAUCUUCAUUCAGUGUAUGACAACUUUGAGUUGCCGGAUUCUUGCAUUACGCUCACAAACGUCUUCUUGCUUCUUUCUGAGGUCUUUCUCGGACACUCGAUUGCACGCCCUGGACUUUUAAAACGGAGUACGAGGUGUCCAGCGGAGACCUUUAAAGCUGGUGAGCGGAAUCUUUCGGCUUUCGCUCGACUGGCCUUGCAUGGUCUCGAACGCGGUGGACUUGUGUUCAGUUUGGAGGAAGUGAUAUCCUGUGGAUUAGAAGAUGAAGACCUUCAGUUUGGGUUUCUGAGGCCUGCUUCGCAUUACGAUGGAUGCGGAGGCUCGGCAACCUUCGAGUUCCUCCACGAGACCCUCCAGGCCUUCUUAGCGGCGUUUUCAUUGGUGCUUGACUCCAAAAUCACUCCUGAAUCUAUUCUAAGGUUCUUCUCCAAAUGCGAAUACAAGAGGUCGUCGCGUUUCACCUGCUUGCCUUGUCUGGGAAAGUCGAGACCUAGAGAUAAAGACCCUUUCCAAACCAACUUCCAGUUCGCCAAUUUAUUUUUAUGCGGCCUCUUGUCUAAACCCAACGCGCCACUCUUGGAGCAUCUCGUUCCACCGGCGUUAUUGAAGCAAAAGCGCAAGAUGCUCAAGUCUUAUCUGUCCAACAGCGUUAAGACGCAUCUUAAAGGCCUUCCUCGUUAUCCAUCCACAGACAUUGAUGGUGACAAGGUGCAUGCAAUGCCAAACUUCUUGUGGAUGCUGCGGUGCAUAUUUGAGACGAACAGCGAGGACGUUGCCAAGAUGACGGCCAACGGCAUAUCGGCGGAGUACAUUAAGAUCGCCUUCUGUAACAUUUACUCGGCCGACUGCAGCGCCUUGAACUUUGUCCUCCACCAUCGUAGGAAGCACCUAGGAGUCGACAUGGACAAUAACAACAUCAACGAUUAUGGCGUGAAGCAACUGAGACCAUCUUUCAGCAAAAUGACGGUAGUAAGGUUUUGCGUGAAUCAGCUCACAGACAGCAGUAUUGAGGUUCUGGCAGAGGAACUCAUCAGACACAAAAUCAUUCAGGUCUUGGGUCUUUACAAAAACUACAUCACAGACGUUGGAGCCAAACUAGUAGCAAAGAUUAUUGAAGAAUGUCCACACUUGAAGGUUGUCAAGCUCGGCUGCAACAACAUUACAGGUGUGGGUGGGAAAUACCUGGCCAGUGCAAUUCACAAGAGCAAAUCUAUCUUUGAUGUAGGAAUGUGGGGAAACGCCAUCGGAGAUGAGGGUGCAGAUGCAUUUGCGGAGGCCCUGAAGAAUCACCCCAGUCUGACCAACCUCAGUCUCUCUGCCAAUGGCAUUACGUCUCACGGUGGAAGAAGUCUGGCAAAAGCACUGAAGGAAAACACAAGCCUUCACAUCUUCUGGUUGAUACAGAACAAAAUCUCUGAUGAUGCAGCGUCAGACUUUGCGGAUGCCUUCAGGUCCAACUCUACUCUGACACAUCUGAUGCUAAUAGAAAACGAGUUCACCAUUAAUGGAGCCAAACAGAUGUCCGAAGGCCUGAUUAACAACACUACACUGAAGGAAGUCAAUAUUAAAGGAGACCGGGUUUCUGAAGAAGAACAACGACUCUAUGAGGGCGACAAGAGGCUUCGCUUCCACUGAGAAGAACCAGUAAAACAUGUGAUUUGAGAAAAUAAUCCGUGUUUAAAAGGAGGAAGUUUGUGUCAUACCACAGACAUUGGUCUACUUCAGCAACAGAAGCACCAUUGGCUGUGACGGCAACACAGAUUCAAAACUUUCAGGUUUAUUACCGUGGCUCUGACGUGAGUUUCACACUGAAGCCAGAACAAACAUAUUUAGAUGAAACUCUCUAGUAAUACUUAAAGCCUUUUUAGGGAUGCACCGAUACCGAUAGUGUCACCGAUACUGACACCGAUACUGCGCUCCUGUACUCGUACUCAUUAAAAAAAAAUACCAAAAGACGCUCCGUGUGUUCAGAUAAAGAAACACCGUCAACAGAGAGCAGAAUGGAGUUAUUAGACAUUAAGGAGGUCUAUGAAGUACAUGUACGUAAUUAAUAUAAUGUUAACAUUUACAUUUAGUAGACACUUUUAUCAAAAGCAACUUACAAAUGAAGACAAUAGAAGCAAUCAAAACCAACAAGAGAGCAAUAAUAUGGAAGUGCCAAUGUGUUAAGUGCUAAAGUGCGCACACACACACACACACAUUAGUGCUGUCAAACGAUUAAUCAUAUCCAAAAUAAAAGUUUUUGUUUGCAUAUUGUAUGUGUACUGUGUAUAUUUAUUAUGCAUGUAUAAAUACACACACAUAGCAUUUAUUUUUUACACAAGAUUUAUUUUGAAAAUAUUUACGUUUAUAUUUAUAUUCAUAUCAUUUAUAUUAUAAAUAAAUAUAUUUUAUAAACAAUUUUUCUGAAAUAUAUACACAUGCAUGUGUGUGUAUUUAUAUAUACACACAUAAAUAUACACAGAAUACAUUAUGCAAACAGAAACUUUGUAUGUAUAUAUAGAGCUUUAAAUGCUUUUAAACUGAAUCUAGGCGUUACAAAAUUAUAUUGUACAGUCUGAGAAAAAGGAUAUUCAUUUUGAUAUUGAUUGUAAUUAACAGUGAUUACAAUUAACAGUGCUAUUAAAUUAUUAGUGUUUUUAAAGAUGUAACUAAGAUAUAAUUAAAUGACAGCAAAGGUAACAAAUGCAAAAAAUGAAAUGAGCAUGCAUAAUUAAAUAUCUAAUAUCAUUUGAAUCAAUUGAUCAAUCUAGUGCUUGAAGUGGGAUAUUUAUAAGUUAUGUUAAAAUAAAAAAUAAAAUUGUGUGUCAAAUGUGUCAAAACAAGCAAGUAAAACAAUACAAAAAUUACUGAUUGAUGGUAGGGAGAGAGACUUCUGUUGCAUGAUCUUGUGGUUAACACUAAUAAAGUACUUAGAAAUCAUUAACAAACUAUUAGUUUAUAGUUAACACAGAGGUUAUAUAAAUAGUGAGUUCUUCAUUCAUUAUCACUGUAAUUAAUGCAGUUAUUAUUGUUUAAUUAGCUCGUAGUAAAGGAACAGUUAAUUGGUAAUGAGUGAAUAGUUCUCACUUUAGAUUAAGUCACGAAAAAUGUGCUUCAAACCAAACUUUAUUGAACAUUAAUUGCAUUCAAAUUUAUAGUUUCUUAAAAUGUUUACAAAUGUGUUCCGUGACGUGAGAACCAUUUAUGGUUAAUAAGUUGUUAAAGCAUUAUCUAACUUUACAUAUGAGCUAAUUAAACAAUAAUUUGGUUAAUUACAGUGACAACAAAUGAAGAAUACUAUGAAUGACCUGUAAACUAAUAGUUUGCAAAUUAUUUGUAAGUUCUUGUAAGUGUAUACUUAUUAUAGCGUUACCCAUUUAUUUUAAACGUCAAACCUACAAAACUUUAUUCGAAGCAAAUGUGAAACUCGCAGUACAAAUGUGUGCACGUGCUGCGCAUGUUUUGCUUUAUAUAUUUUGUUUUGAAUAUAUAAGUCGCAGCACGUUUCCGAUGAUAAAAAUGCAGCUCUCAGAAAAUAUUUUAGUUUUUCUACCCAAUGUUUUUACAAAAUACAAUUGCAAUGAAAAUACAGGUAUGGUAUCCGCAAGUACCAAAAAUGAAAGUAGGCUAUCAGUAUCAGACUCGUUCUGGAAAAAGUGCUAUCGGUGCAUCACUAUUUUUAAUGCAUUAAUUGUGACCCUGGACCACAAAACCAGUCUUAAGUGUCAAAUCUGGAAUCUGAGGGUGCAAAAAAAAUCUAAAUAUUGAGAAAAUCACCUUUAAAGUUGUCCAAAUGAAGUUCUUAGCAAUGCAUAUUACUAAUCAAAAAUUAAGUUGAGAUAUAUUUACAGUAGGAUAUUUACAAAAUAUCUUCAUGGAACAUGAUCUUUACUUAAUAUCCUAAUGAUUUUUGGCAUAAAAGAAAAAUCAAUCAUUUUGACCCAUACAAUGUAUUUUUGGCUAUUUCUACAAAUAUACCCCAGCGACUUAAGACUGCAAAUAUAAUGCAUUUUAACCUUGGUUACAGAUAUAAUGCAUUAUGAAUGUGCUUAUAAUGCACUAUACAUAAAGGCAUCAAGUGUUAUCAGGAUUUUUAAUAUAUUUUGCAUAUGUAUUUGCUCUGAAAAGAGCCACACUUGAACACUUAUAAUGCUGCUUUUCUCAAUCUGAGAAAUCAUUUCACGCGUUCAGUCACUGUACUAAAGAUGAGGAUUAAAAACAUUGCAAUCUCACAUGCAGACAGAAGGACAUCCAGACAAGCAUGUAAAGAUCUGUGCUUCAAAAGAUUUUGCUUUUUUUAAUCUCAUUAUCUCUGUACAAUUUUUUUUUUUUACACAUGUGGAAUGUUACAAUAUCUCUAAAUCAUUUAAAAAAAAAAACAAUAAAAAAAAACAACACCACUUUAUGAUCAUCCUGGUGGCCACUGUUACCCUUUCACAUUGAGAUCGAGCAACAUACAAGUUCCUGUUUUCUUCAGGAAGUUAACUUGCGUAACUAGUUCCUCUCGACUGCUGUAAAGAUGGAACUAGAUCAGACAGAUCGUUACCUGAUGGAGUUUGGUAGCAUAUUAAACAAACAAACAGAAAUGACACUCAGUCUUUUGUAUCAAAGGCUUUGAUUGACAAUCAAUCACGGAUCCAGUCGGAUGCAUCAGGCUCAGAUCUGCUGGAAACAGAAGUUUGCACAAAGCAGCAAAACAUGGAUUUAUUAUUUACCUAAAUUAUCUCUCGUAAAAGAAGUUUUGCAAAUGAUCUAAUAUCUGGUAAGGCUUUUUAAAAAAAAAUAGUGGUGUUUCCCAUGCAACAUGUGGUAUCUCUUCUCAUGUGUGACCAGAAAACCUGCUGUAAUGAAGCUGACGUAGACUUGCAUUGAAACCGCCAUCAACAUACAUGAUUAGCAGCAUUUUAAAGCUAUUUUGGCACUUUUGAUAUGCCAGGUCGACUACGGUAAUACUCUGAAGUCCAAUUCAGCUUCUGACUAUAGUCCACAGGUCAAAUUCAACACAGCUGACCAAUACUAAGCCUUCAGAUAAUCUCAACCGCAUAAGGCUUUACUUGAGACUGGGAACGAGUGUAAUGAGUGUAAAUCUCUAACCAAAAAAAAAGUAAAAUCCCUUGUCGAAUCUGUGAUUAGUAACUUUAAAAAACUAGUUAGCAGCGUGUCCGUCUGAAGCGUCAAGCCCUACUGGAGAACAACCACCUUUCUCCAAAAAAAUAACGUGGAUCUUGAGAAAAGCAGCUGAAAUGUGACCCAGAGUGUGUUUAUGAUAUCAAAUCUCACACACGCCGUUCUGACUCUAUGAUUUACAUUAAACCGAUUGAGAAAAUGGUGAUAAAAUCCCAAAGAUCGUAAGAGAAUCAAACCCUGUUCCAGCAGCUACAGGUGAAUUUAAGACGAACACAGAGAGAAUCAGUCGCCUGAAUCACAUCUCAUCACAAAUAUUUAAAAAGAAUUAUAUUUCACAUGAAGAAAAUGGUCUUUGUAGGAGCAUUAAGAUUUGUGACAUUUUCACAACAAUCGGGCACAUUUUGCAUCAGUGCUGUAAUGCAUCUGAACAUUUUGCUUUUGAGUUUUCCUUUUUAAAAAAAAAUUAUUUUCAGUGUUUAUACUGGAAUACAAUGGUUUUUAAAAUUUAAAUCAGCAUAAAUUAAGAGCAGUACAACAGAUACCACAAUGAUGUAUAAAUACUGUGAGAAGAAUGUGUAAUUGUCAUGAAAGUAUUUGACAAAUCUUAAUAAUCCUGAGAAUUAAUUUCCUUGAUUUAAGGUGAAAUAUGAGAAUCAUUUGGCCUGAUGGACGAUUAUGUCAUCAUAUGUUUGUCUCUUGAUGCACGUACAAUGCGUUUAAACAUGAAGGUGCCCUAAAUGAGAAAAUGCUGAAGAGUGAUUCUCACAAAACCUGCCAAUCACAAAAUCAAAAGAAAUUACAAUUAUAUUUUGCAUAAAGAAAUAGAAGUGCAUUUUAGGACCCUUAAGAAACAUUUACUUUUUAUUUGACAUUUUC